ACCACGUGCACCAAGUGGUGUUAUCCCCCGGUGUAUAAAUGGUGCUGCACAGCCGUGGUUUGUUUACUCCGUGGAUGGAAUCGUAGAAUCCAAGUGUGUCGAUUGAAUGUUUAUCAGGAAGUGAAGUGAAUCCGCUGCUCGUAUACCCGGAAGUGCUGCUGCUGCUGUAGUUCCCGGUGUCUUUCCUUCUGUAGUUCCUGGCGAUGGAGGAGCAGAGUCAGGCGGGAGCACAGUGUGAGGUGGAGGAGAAGGAGGUGGAGGAGGUGGAGGAGGCAGAUGUGUCCGCUCCAGAUGCAGAAGAGGAGGAAGACGAGGAGAGUCUUCCUCACCCAGAGAUCCUGGAUAUUUUCGAGGAAGGACUCGCUCAACUGGUGCAGGAUCCGUUACUGUGUGACCUGCCGAUCCAGGUGACUCUGGAGGAGAUCAAUUCUCAAAUAGCUUUGGAGUAUGGCCAGGCGAUGACUGUGAGGGUUUUAAAGGCAGAUGGUGAAGUAAUGCCCAUAGUGGUGGUGCAAAAUGCUACAGUCCUUGAUCUGAAGAAGGCCAUUCGCAGAUUCAUGGAGUUGAAACAACAACGUGAAGGUGGAGUGAAACAUGUCAGCUGGAGAUACGUUUGGAGAACAUUCCAUUUAGUGUUUCAGGGGGAGAAGCUUGACGAUGACAAGAUGAGGCUGAAAGAUUACGGGAUCAGGAACAGAGAUGAAGUGACGUUCAUGAAGAGGCUGAGGAAAAAAUGAAAUGUCAACACCAACAUUUUUCACAUCAGAGGGCAAAAAGUUCCUGCAGCGAGUACUGGUGCCUCCACAAUGUUGACAAAGUAUUUAUUUUUGUUAUGGCUUGUUUCUAAAAGUGUUUGAGGUCAUGUAAUAUCUCUGUAAACUCCACAUAUCCAGAAACAGACUUUACAAACUGAGUUGUUAAAGAAGCUUCAUGUAAAUAAAAUGUUUGUAGUUCUGAUCAUUAAGCCUCAAUUUUACUAUGAAUUCUGUAUAAUUGUGUUCGAAUAAUAAAACGCACUAUGUUUUUCUAUGA